AUGUCCGAGUCUUACGUUGAAGGCGUCUUGCCAUUUUCAACUGACCCGGAUUCUAGGGAGGACUACAUCAAUACUUAUGGUGGCGUCCGAAUUGCGAAGCUGCUAGAAGACCUUGAUGCACUCUCUGGCGCAAUCAGUUAUCGGCACGCUGACGAUUCCAAUCAUCACACCUUGCCUCUCGCUAUUGUCACGGCGACUGUGGAUCGUAUUGACUUGUUGAACGUGCUGGACAUCGACCGUGACAUGCGCUUGUCUGGUCAUGUGAGCUAUGUUGGCAGAUCUUCUAUGGAAAUUACCAUCCGUCAAGGUGAAACCCACGCUGAUGCACGCGAUGGCAUGAUCCCAAUUAUGCUUUCACGCUUCACCAUGGUAGCUCGCGAUCCCACGCACGGCAAUGCAGUCCGUGUCAAUACUCUCGCUCUGAGCUCUCACUUGGAGCAUGAUAUCUUCGACAAAGGUCGCCGAGCAAAAGAAGCUGCCAAGGAGGCGCGACGUGCUAAUUUGUCGAGGACGGCACCGACGGCAGACGAAUCUCGCUUCAUCCAUACGACCUGGGCCAGGAAUUUUGAAAUUGAAGAUAUGGUACCAACAGUGCGCGCAGACGCCAUAACGCCAAGACAGACUCAGCUUAGUCGUGCGGUCAUCACACAUCCUGGCCAACGUAAUCUGAAUGGACACGCAUUUGGUGGAUAUCUUCUUGCUCAGGCCUACGAUCUUUCAUUCAUCACGGCCAAUUUGCAUCUCGGACGGCGCCCGCGGUUUCUUUCGAGCUCUCAAUUGACUUUCCAGAAUCCUGUACCUAUAGGCUCCGUCCUCGAUUUCCGCUCGAGGAUAGUGGCUCAAGAUGGGAGCAAAUUUACUAUCACUGUCACCGCGGACAAAGUUGAUCCCGAAACUCGAGCUAGGACAACUGCAUCCGUUUUCCACUACACCUUUUCACGAGUGUGUCGAGUCGAAGGAUCCACAGAAGAGGCUGUGGAGACCUGUGGGAGGGAUCUGGUUGCCGAGACAUAUGGAGAUGCUAUCCGGCAUGUCGCCGCUCGACGUCGAGAGGCAGAUUCGGUUGCGCGAGAAGAACAAUUACGCAUCUUCCAUGAAUUGCGGCUUCCCACAGUCUGA